GGGACAAAACAAAGGAGGAGGGAUAUGGUGCUAUCAUCAUGGCGGGAUGCAUGAAAAUGAGAAACGGUUUCUCCCAUAUAAGUGCUAAAUUAAUGGUUUUCACGGUGCUUCUUAUCUGUUUAACUCAAACCUCAGGACACAAGGAUACAGGAAGCAAAAAUCCAGUGACAGAUAUCCAGGAUGGACAGGUGUACGUCAUGUCGGGGUCCAAUAGCUUCUGUUAUAAAAACACUGUGGUGCCAACUUGGAGGCAAACGUGGACAAGAAUUCAGGUCAAAGUGUGGAGUUCAAACGUGUUUAAAGUGGUAACGGCGGAGGGUGAGGAGGAGCUGCAGGAGCUGGACCGCUUCAGUGUCUGGGGCUGGUUUCAGAGUUUGUUACGGGAGCGACACAAUGAAACCACCAUCAACGUCAAUCUGUUCAAGCAGAAGACGUGCUUCAAAGUCGAUCCUGCUGACAAAACCAAUUACACUGUCAAGCCCCUUCGUAAGUUUGAUAUCUAUCUGUUUUUGGUGUUCCUCGUCGGAGCGUUGUUGUUCAUCUUUGCGGGGUCACUCAGCAGGAGUCAGAUUUUCUUCUACUCUGCCGGUAUGAGCACAGGCAUGAUCGCCUCUCUCAUCAUCCUCUUUUUCAUUUUGGCGCGCUUUUUACCAAAGAAAAGCCCUUUUUAUGUCUUGAUUGUUGGCGGCUGGUCGUUUUCUGUUUACGCCAUCCAACUUGUCUGCAGGAACCUUGGCGUGAUUCUGCGAGAACACUGGCACGUGGCACUAGGUUAUGUAGCUGUGGUGGGCUUCAUCACUUUUGCCGUUUGUUACCGUUACGGUCCUCUGGUGGACGAGAAGAGCAUUAACAUCUUGUCGUGGACGCUGCAGCUACUUGGCCUGUUGCUGAUUUAUUUUGGGAUUCAAAUCCAGCAAGUUGCCUUCGCCAUCAUCGUGGCGGCCGUGUUCUCCAAACAUCUGGAGUACCCGGUCUCUCUGACCGUUGCUGCAUGCCGGAAAAUCAAAAGGUUUUUCCACUGGAAGCUGGAGCCGCGUCGCCUGUUGACUGAGGAGGAGUUUCAGAAGCAGGGAGAGGAGGAGACUCGGCGUGCUCUGGAGGAGCUGAGGAAGCACUGCAACAGCCCAGAGUUCAGUCCAUGGAAGACAGUGUCCAGGCUUCAGUCCCCAAAAAGGUUUGCCGAUUUUGUUGAAGGGUCUCCUCACUUAAUGUCAAAUGAGGUAUCUGUCCACGCACAGGAAUACGGGUUUGGAGGAUCUUUCUUUGAGGAUGAAUUUUUUGACACCGAUGACGAGGAGGACGAUAUAAAGCCAAUGAUGAAACCUGAGUGAGACGGCACUAUGUGAAGAGAUAUGUGAAAAUAGAGUCACUUAUAUUAUUGCCUUUCAGAAAGGUGGCGGGAGAAGAGCUCAGGACUGAUUUUUGAGUGAUUACUGUGGAGAAGACUAAAACAAAAACCCUGGAUUGUGAUUUCAGUCACAAGAGGCACCUCACUGACAGUCACACUGUGGUCAUAUCUAUUAUCAGUAUAAAAAUGGCAAAGUAAUGUAGCAUCAAAGAAUGUGCACUAAACCCAGAUCUCUUUUAGGGAACAAAGUUCAUGUUAAAAUUGAGGUUUCAAAUACAGUGAUACUUGGUGAUGGGGACCUGUUUUAAAAGGUCAAAGCAAGUGAACUUUUUACUGUCUGAUUGUAGUUUGUGUUGUCUUUAGCUUUGGAAAAGUUUUUAAGUUUUUUUUUUUUUUUUUAGUUUUCAAAACCUACAGUGUUCACAGCCGUUGGCACUGCAACAAACUGCAGUGAGAGCAUCCAGAUACAUGUCCAGUACAACAUGUGAUACCUUCUUGCCUCUCUGAACAGCAGCAUGAUGUGGCGGUUAUUAUUCUAGCUUUCUGCUCGGGGAGCAAAAGUUUGGUCGGGUUUGUAUUUCGUUGUUUUCAUUUUAAUGUACAGAAAUCUGAGGAUGUAUCCCCAAAGUAUUUUGAAUAAAAAAUAUAUAUUUGA